GGGGCCAUGAGUCAUGACCAGAAAGGGGUUUUCCUCUCAACCAACGGACAAGCCCUCCCCCACCCAAUCACUACCUGUGCACACAUAUAUGCGCAUGUUAGCUGUCUCCGCAAUCAUUACUUCCCCCAAAACAAACCAAAAGCCAUGCAUUUAUAAGAGUUAUUGUGCAACCACACCUCCCCCCCACUAGCUUAACCUACGCUCUCGCGCGCACAGGCACAUCCAUUCUCUUUCUGUCUCUUUCUAAUUUCUCUCUCUAGUUUAGUCCUUAGUAGCUGCACUGUGGUCUACUGAAUUACUGAUGAGUGAAUUAAAUUGAUCUGCGCACUGUACAACCAACAGCGAGUCAUAACUCAUAACUGUUCUUUCCUUCUCUCUCUCUCUCUCUUCAUCUCUAGAUCCCCCUCUCUUUAUUCCGAUCUAUAAGGCUUAUGUCAUUUCCGAAACGUUUCGGCUGUUUUGUGACGCAGUCACCGCGUGUCGCAUCCGAUCGGGUCCGGUUCUUUGAUUCGGAUCUUCUUCGGAUGUGGGGGAGGGGGUGUUGUGGUUCAGCGUGAUCUGUAUUUGGCUGGGAUGAAUCCGCUGUGCUGCAUUGCUCCGGUUUCCAUCGAUCGGGACCGGGCCAACCCGGGUCCGUGUCAGUUAGGGCUGGAGAGUUCAGUGAAGAAUGUUAACAUCGGUUCCAAGCAGGGAUUCUCAGCUCAAGUUUCGUCGAUCAAUGCUGAGUCGGAUGCGGUGAGCCACGAUGUUGAGGACGCUUUUCCGGAGGCCAGGGACGGGAAGGUGUUCGGUGCAGGUGGAGGCGUGGCUGGGAUUCUCUACAAGUGGGUGAAUUACGGCAAGGGUUGGAGGUCGAGGUGGUUCGUGCUUGAAGAUGGGGUUCUUUCGUAUUACAAGAUUCAUGGUCCGGACAAGAUUUUGAUGAGUCCAGCAAGGGAGAAGAGCUUGAAGGUAAUUGGAGAGGAUUCAUUGAGGUGUAUGAAGAAGAACAGUUGGAGUAAUCAUCACCGUCUUGCUGGGUCUGCGAAGCAGUGGAAGCCGUUUGGGGAGAUUCAUUUGAAGGUGUCCUCAAUUCGUGCAAGCAAAUCAGAUGAUAAAAGGCUGUCCAUAUUCACGGGAACAAAAACUCUUCACUUGCGUUGCAUAUCUAGGGAGGAUAGAUCUGCAUGGAUUGAGGCACUGCAGGCUGCUAAAGAUCUUUUCCCUAGAGUUUUGACAAGCAGUGAUUUUGCACCAUCUGAAGAUAUUGUUGUUUCAACUGAGAAGCUACGUUUACGAUUAGUGCAGGAAGGUGUUGGUGAGGUAGUCAUUAAAGACUGCGAAUCUAUCAUGCUUUCCGAACUCUCUGAGCUGCAAAAUCAGUUUAAGGCUCUUCAACGGAAGCAUAUUAUCCUGCUAGAUACAUUGAGACAGUUGGAGACAGAGAAAAUAGAACUGGAAACUACUGUAGUGGAUGAAACAAAGGAACGGGAGUCAUACUGUGGCCAAGGAAAUAGAAGAUUCAGUGACUUCUAUUCUAUCAUGUCAGAGGGCAGUGGAAGUGAUUCUGAUGCAGAUAAUGAAAGUCAGGAUGGAGUAGAUGUUGAAACUGAUGAAGAUGAUAUAGUAUUUUUCGACACAAAUGAUUUUUUGUCUUCAGAAUCUCUUAGAAGUGCUUCUUACAGGAGCAGAGAAACCUUGGGAAAUGGGACUUUGAUAAAUAAUAGAGAUCCUUUCCUUUCUGAUCAUUUGCAUGAUGAGAUGGAGAUCAGGACAGUUGAAUAUCCAUACAUCAAAAGAAGGGAUAGUUUGCCAGAACCAAAGGAGAAAGAGAAGCCAGUCGGUCUAUGGUCAAUAAUCAAGGAUAAUAUUGGAAAGGACCUGUCUGGAGUUUGUCUCCCUGUUUACUUCAAUGAACCACUUUCUUCAUUGCAGAAGUGCUUUGAAGAUUUGGAGUAUUCCUACUUGGUUGAUCGAGCAAUGGAAUGGGGAAAGCAGGGAAAUGACUUGAUGAGAAUUCUGAAUAUUGCCGCUUUUGCUGUAUCUGGCUAUGCAUCAACAGAAGGUCGGCAGUGCAAACCCUUUAAUCCUCUCCUUGGGGAAACCUAUGAGGCUGAUUAUCCUGAUAAAGGUCUUCGCUUCUUCUCUGAAAAAGUGAGUCACCACCCAAUGAUUGUUGCUUGCCACUGUGAGGGGAGAGGCUGGAAGUUCUGGGCAGACUCUAAUCUCAAAGGGAAGUUCUGGGGCCGUUCCAUUCAGCUUGAUCCUGUGGGUGUCCUUACCCUGCAGUUUGAUGAUGAUGAGACAUUCCAAUGGAGCAAAGUCACUACUUCUAUAUACAAUAUCAUACUAGGUAAAAUCUAUUGUGAUCACUAUGGAACCAUGCGCAUCAAGGGCAGUGGAAAUUACUCCUGUAAGCUGAAGUUCAAGGAGCAGUCUAUUAUAGACCGAAAUCCACAUCAGGUUCAUGGAUUUGUGCAAGAUAAUCGAACUGGAGAGAAGGUAGCUAUGUUGGUGGGGAAAUGGGAUGAGGCAAUGUAUUAUGUGUUGGGAGAUCCAACAACAAAGCCAAAAGGGUAUGAUCCAAUGACAGAAGCUGUGUUGCUGUGGGAAAGAGAAAAAUUUGUUACCAAGACAAGAUACAACCUCACACCUUUUGCAAUAUCUUUAAAUGAACUGACACCAGGCUUAUUGGAAAAAUUGCCACCUACUGACUCAAGGCUGCGGCCAGAUCAGAGGCAUUUGGAGAAUGGAGAAUAUGAGCUGGCAAAUGCGGAGAAGCUCAGACUCGAACACUUGCAGAGACAGGCAAGAAAGUUGCAGGAAAGGGGGUGGCAGCCUAGAUGGUUCCGUAAGGACAAGGAGGAUGGUUGUUACCGUUACAUAGGUGGAUACUGGGAAACAAGAGAGAAAAGGUACUGGGAUGGGAUUCCAAAUAUAUUUGGCCAGGGUAGUGAUUCACCCUCAUGUUUAAUAGAGGAGUAAAUCUUGUAAUGGCCCAGCUUGCUUCAAGUUGUUUUGGUUCCCUUGUAUGGUAUCUUUUUUACUCUGCUUAUUCGGGGAACAUUUUAGUGGCUGGUUUAGAUGUAGCACUUGUUUAAGUUAUAAAGAAGCUCCUUUAAGGUGCAAUGUGUAGUUCUCCAGGAGAUCGGUUUUGACUUUUCCAAAGUUUGUUCUGACAUACUGUCAGGGGUGUACGAGGCAGUAACUAUAUUCAUACUUCCUUUCACCA